CACUGUAGAUGAGGAAAUGUUGAGUUUUUAUGAACCGGUCACACUACAGAAGAGAGGGUACGCUAGGCCAGUCAUUGUAUUGGGCCCAUUGAAGGAGGACAUUAAUGAUAAACUAGUUAAUGACUUCCCUGAGAAGUUUGCUGGCUGUGUACCACAUACAACACGUAAAGCUCGUCAAGGUGAAGUAGACGGGCGUGAUUAUCAUUUUGUUACAAGCGUUGAGCAGAUGGAGAGAGACAUCCAAGCCCACCUAUUCAUUGAGGCAGGACGAUACAAAGACAACCUUUAUGGUACCAGCAUACAAGCUGUGCGAGAGGUCGCUGAACAGAACAAACACUGUAUCCUUGGUGUGAGUGGUUAUGCUAUCAAGCGUCUCCAUUUGGCCGAUCUCCUUCCAAUUGCCAUUUGCAUUCAACCGGACGGUCCUAACGUCAUCAAGUCAGCCCAGCCUCGCAUCAGUGAUGAAAAUGCUCAAGUUAUUUAUGACAAGGGGCGGGGCAUACAGCAGGAUUUUGCUGACUCAUUUACUGCUGUAGUUGAAGGUUCUUCUCUGGAAGAGAUCUACGAUAAAGUGAAGCAAGUGAUUCAUGAUAACUCGAGUGACCUCAUUUGGGUCACGUCAAGCGAAGAGAUAUGAGUGGGUGGAGCUACCAUCUAGCAGCUGUAGAGUUAAUUAUUAUUAACAAUUAUUAACAUUAUUAUUACUAUUAAUUAAGAUCCGCCCUGCAGACUGGUAUAUUAUUAAGUAUUAUUAUUAUUAUUAUUAUUAUUAUUUGUGCAGUUCUUUAUUAUAUGCUGCUUCAAGUUGUGCUUAUACAUUUUCUUUUUUCCCUCCAUUUUCUUCUCUGAACAUGUCUAAUGCAAGUUACAAUGUGAUACUUUUUAAUUGACAUUAUUAUUAUUAUUAUUAUUAUUAUUUACUGUUGUUGUUAUUAUUGCUACUAUUAUUGUUUAUGUAUUGCUAGGAAAUAAAGUUGUUGUGCAAUUAUUUCUAUCAGGCUC